GCUUGUUCCGGGCCCUGGGGGACCAGCUGGAGGGACACUCCCGGAACCACCUGCGGCACCGCCAGGAGACCGUGGAGUUCAUGCUGAGGCAGCGCGGGGACUUCGAGCCCUUCGUGGAGGAUGAUGUGCCCUUUGACAAACACGUUGCCAAUUUGGCCAAGCCUGGUACUUUUGCUGGCAACGAUGCUAUUGUGGCCUUUGCAAGGAACAAUCAAAUUAAUGUGGUUAUUCAUCAGCUCAACGCUCCACUGUGGCAGAUCCGGGGCACAGACAGGAGCGAUGCCAGGGAGCUGCACAUCGCCUACAGGUACGGGGAGCACUACGACAGCGUCAGGAGGAUCAGCGACGACUCGGAAUCUCCGGCCUACCUUCGGAUGGAGAUGCUUUGCAAGAACAAUUCAAAUAAAUCAGAGGAAGUGAAGCCACAGAAGGGUGACUCUGAAGAUGAGACUGAAGUGGAGUUGGAAGAUGCUGUACAAAAAGUGUGCAAUGCAACUGGGUGUUCAGACAUUGAUUUAGUAAGCCAUGUUCUGGAAGUGGAGGACUACAACGUGGAAUCUGCAAUAUUUGCCAUCUUGCAGAUGAAGGAAGGGGAAGGAAUAGGUACUGAGGAGCAGCAGGAGACCCCAGGCAGGGAGCAGAAAUCCUGCAGCAGGACACUGUGGGAAGAGAAUGGAACUGGUUCAAGAAUCUUUGGAAAUCAGAGCUUGCAUCAAGGUGAAGCAGAAAACAGCAAGGAGCAAGCUGGAUCCAGGGAAGAGAACCGAGCCAGCAGAAACCCAAAGGUAGCCAAGAAACAAAGGAAGGAGCAGCAGCGGCUGGAGAAGAAGAAGCGGCAGGAGGAGAGGCACCGGCAGAAGGUCCUGGCCACCAAGAGGGACAGUGCAGACACCAGGACAGAGCCAGAGCCAGCCAACCACGUCACCCUGGUGAAGGCCACGGCAGCCCUAAACAUAUGACUCAGUGCUCUCAUGAGAAAAGCAAAUAAAACAAAGAAGACAAAAUUCCCCUAGGAGAAUUUCCAGGCACCCGUGGUUAUUUUAAAAUCCGUCUCUGGUGAGAUUUCCAAGCACAAGAGAACUUCCUCUUCCUUUGCUUGUGGGGAGGACAAUUGCUCAUUGAUUCUGCAUCAACCUGUGGUGAGAAGAGUUGUUUAAACUUAACAGGAAGUAAAGACUUGAGUCUGUAGUCUUGGAGUUAGAUGAAGGAGUGCAGUGACAAGUUUUAAUCUCACUGGAAUUGCUGGCAUUGCACUGGGCUGGUUCAGAAGUGAUGAAUACAUGCAGAUGGGGAUUGUUGCAUCCAUGCUUGCUGAGGUUUGGGAUCAGCUCCUUUAAGAUGAGACCUGUAGGGGGGAAAAAGACCUCCCCAAAACAAUGAUCCAAGUGGACUCAUGAGAAUGCAGAGCUGAUUCUUCCAAUUUGGUAAAAUGUGACAGGAACAGGCUUAAAGUGUCUGGUGAGUUGUUGUUACUUGAACACUUGGAAUCUCUUUCCCCUUUUCCAGAGUUUUUGGUUAUUCCAGGGCUUUAGUCCAAACCAGGAGCUGGAUAGGUGUUAGUAUCCAAAUGAAAUUACUAUAGCCAAAGGACCAAGAGUCUUGGGAAGAAGCUUCCAAGCAGCAGUGAUCCCUGGGAGACCUGCCUAUUUCACUUCAUAAUAAAUCAAGCUUUUUUCCAGGGUAGGAUUUUUUUUCAUCUUAAAUUCCAUUUUGGUGAGGUCACCAAGUAGGAUGUAAGCUUGACUCCUGUGAUGUUUUCCACUGUAGGACUGAGAAUUCGAGGUGCAAGGACUGUGGGACUCAGCCUUUGUUUUAUGGCUCACAGUGUUUCAGCUCCACUCAGGUUUUUGCGCUUGUAGCAAGCCCUAAGCUUGAAGAAAUCACAUGUGCACUUACAGGAGACACCUUAUCAGCCAGGGCAGAGGUGAAAGGGAUUUUUAAAAAGGAAGGAGUGUUGCAUUUGAAAAAUUUGUCUGUGUUUUAAAGUUUAUGAAUCAGCAUGGAAAUAUAAAUGUUUUUUUUUUACUGAACUGCCAAGAACUGGGCUGAUACUUGAUGUGCUCUGCUGCUGUUACUUGAAGAAUAAAAAGAAAGGAGUUCUUCUGGAAGAACUGGUGGUGUUGGAAUUCCUUUUUCUCCAAGACAGUCAUUUUUACAGUAGUGGGAAGAGAGGAAAUCUUUGCGCAACAUUCUUCACAGAACUCAGUUUACACAGUGAAAUUUGCUUUGUAAACAGGCCGUGGAUUUUCCUGGGAAGAGGAAGGGAGGCGAGAAACAAGAGCAGAACAACACCAUGAUUCAUACAUAGCGUGUGUUUACUCCUUGGUGGAGCUGAGUGCUCCGUAAUCCGGUGCCAAGGACGGACAAUAAGCAGUGGAUAUUCCCUUUGGGCUUUGAGCAGGAUUACUGUUUGUUCUUAGCUGCUGGCUGACAAAUUUGAGGGUGUUUUGGCUGUUGCUGCAGCAGGGUCACUGUGAGCCUCUCAAGGGUGAAUACGCAGCAAGAGGAUGUAGAAAGGCCGCUUUCCCUGCAUCCUAUUUCCCACCAUCAUCUUCCCUGGACUUAUUUUCCCAAAUCCUGCCCCUGGAGGUGAGGAAUUUAGUUGAACUGGAAGUUUUAAGUGUUUAGGCAGGUUCUGGCUGAUCUCUAUAAGCACAUCUGUGUAGGGAAAGGGUUUUCUGCCCGUGCUGCUCCAUGUUUCCUGUCCCUUGUUCCUACUCAGGAGCUGCACUCUGGUUUUAUCUCACAGCUUUGCCACAUCUCCAUGUCUGCAGAGCUUUGGGAGUAAAAUGGGCAUGAAGGACAAUCCAUAAUCCAGUGUUGGAUGAAAGGAAGAUGGUUUGUACUGGUGUUGAGCUGUGGGGUGGUUCCUAGGAGUUUUCCUGGGUGCAGGCACCAGCCUCAGAAGGCAGCAUUGGCUCUGCCUCAGCUUCUAGAAUUGUUAUUGACUGUAGAAAAUGAGAAUAAAUGAGUGGUUUGGAGUUAUAAAGAUACCACAUUUACUGCAGGAGUGUGAGGUGGGAGUGUUGUUACUUGUAAUGAAACACUUAA